ACGGGUGCUCGUCGAUGCUCCCGGGAUCGCCAUGGCGCCCACCAUCCAGACUCAAGCGCAGCGGGAGGAGCCGGGCCACAGGCCCAACUCCCACCGGACGCUCCCUGAGAGAUCGGGGGUGGUGUGUCGAGUGAAGUACGGCAACAGCCUCCCCGAUAUCCCCUUUGACCCCAAGUUCAUCACCUACCCCUUUGACCAGAACAGGUUUGUCCAAUACAAGGCCACCUCGCUGGAGAAGCAGCACAAACACGACUUGCUGACAGAGCCCGAUUUAGGGGUCACCAUAGACUUGAUCAACCCUGACACGUACCGCAUCGACCCUAAUGUUCUUCUAGAUCCAGCUGAUGAGAAACUGCUGGAGGAGGAGAUCCAAGCACCAACCAGUUCCAAACGAUCCCAGCAGCAUGCCAAGGUGGUGCCGUGGAUGAGAAAGACCGAAUACAUCUCCACAGAGUUUAACCGCUACGGGGUCUCCAACGAGAAGCCUGAGGUUAAGAUCGGCGUCUCUGUCAAGCAGCAGUUCACAGAAGAGGAAAUCUACAAGGAUAGAGACAGUCAAAUUGCAGCCAUUGAGAAGACCUUUGAGGACGCUCAGAAAUCGAUUUCUCAACACUACAGCAAACCUCGGGUGACUCCUGUAGAGGUCAUGCCAGUGUUCCCUGACUUCAAGAUGUGGAUCAACCCCUGCGCUCAGGUCAUUUUCGACUCUGACCCGGCGCCUAAGGAUGCCAGCGGAACUGCUGCCCUUGAGAUGAUGUCUCAAGCCAUGAUCAGGGGCAUGAUGGACGAGGAAGGGAACCAGUUCGUGGCCUAUUUCCUUCCAGUGGAUGAGACGAUGCGGAAGCGGAAACGUGACGAGGACGAGGAAAUGGAUUACGCCCCUGAGGAUGUGUAUGAAUAUAAGAUCGCCCGGGAGUAUAACUGGAACGUGAAGAACAAGGCCAGUAAAGGCUAUGAGGAGAACUACUUUUUCAUCUUCCGCGAGGGCGACGGGGUCUAUUACAAUGAACUGGAGACCAGAGUGCGGCUGAGCAAGCGACGCGCCAAGGCCGGGGUGCAGUCAGGCACCAACGCCGUGCUGGUGGUGAAGCACAGAGAUAUGAAUGAGAAGGAGCUGGAGGCGCAGGAAGCCCGCAAAGCUCAACUGGAGAACCAUGAGCCUGAGGAGGAAGAAGAGGAAGAGAUGGACUUGGGCAAAGAGGCCCAGGGUUCAGACGAAGAGCAAGAGAAGGGCAGCGAGAGCGAGAAGGAGGCCAGCGAGGUGGAAGAGGAGGAGGAGGAGGAAGGCCGAUCGGCCAGCGAGAGCGAGCGCGAAGCCAGUGAGGCGGAGGGGGCGGGCGAGGAAGAGGAGGAGAGCGAGGAGGAUGAGCGGGCGGCCCGAGACAAGGAGGAGAUCUUCGGCAGUGACGACGAUGAGGACUCUGAGCAAGAGGAGGGCCGGCCCGAAGGGGACGAGGAGGAGGAAGAGGAGAGCGGCAGCGAGGAGGAGGAGGGAGAGGAGGAUGGACGGCGCCAGCAGCGCCGCGGCAGCCGCAGCCCUUUCCUCAGCGGCAGUGACCACUCCAACCACGAGGAUGAUGAAGAGGAGGGCGAGGCCAGCCUCAGCGACGCCGCCUCCGAGUCAAGUGAGGAGGGCAGCGACAGUGACUGA